CGUCGGAAGCGGUCUAACUUUCAGCAUUCUGACGCCAGCCCCCGUCCACCCGGGCUCGGGAAUUUGGGCAGUGGGGAUGGGAAUGGCUCCACGGGCCGCUUUCCCCUGCUUGAUUACGCCGCCCCGCACAAUUUCAGUUUCUGUUUCGAUUUCAUUUACUGAAAUCCCCCGGCUUUCGGGAAUGCAAAGCCGCCAGGCGCAUGUCGGGACGCCUCACCUGCUCGCCCGUCCCCGUCGCCGGCGCUUUUCGGUCACAUCUCCGCGGCCGAUUACUGCAGUUCUCCGGCAGCCGCCGCUGGGAGCCGGCAGGUACUGUGAGUGGGCUGCCAGGUUAAAGGAGAAAAUAUUUCCUGGAAACUUUUAAAUGGUACAACAGUAUUUAAUCUCUUAUGAGAAUCUUCUCCACUUUUUGAGAUACACAAAAGAAACAGAAUUAGAGGAGCCUACACUGAAGUGCUGUCCCACUGCAGUCAGCAGGUGAACAGCAGCGUUAUCCACAGAAGUCAGAAAUCAGUCGGAGGAGAGAAGGAGCAUUGUGGCAGGUUCUGUAAGAAAAGCAGUGAGAAGGCUCUGGAUUUGGUUUGGCAUCUACAUCUCAAGCUGCUUCAGCUGAGCCAGCUUGGGCAUGCUUCUGCUCAGGGUGAAGCAGACCAGUUGGUAACUGCAGUGAGCAUUUUUGAGUGCUUUUGGAUUUGACUUGGACCUACUUCUUUUCCUCACUGAAAGUGAACAAUUGAGUACAGCGGCACAGUAGACUUUCUCCGUCUUGAGGAACUUUGUUCUGCCUACAUGAUGGAAAAGCUUUUGUUUUUGCACAUAUUUCUAUUCUGCUGGCGUUCCCUGAAUGCUUUAUUCACAGUUGAAGCUCCCAAAUCACUCUACACUGCAGAACUUGGCAGCAACGUGACAAUGGAAUGUAUAUUUCCAGUGAAUGGGAAACUAAAGUUCAGGGAUUUAAGCGUUAUCUGGGAAAAAAAAGAUGAUGUUAGAAAGGAUGUUUAUGUACUUCUGAAAGGGAAGGAAGACUCUGGAAGUCAGCACAGUGAUUUUCAGGGACGGAUAAAGCUGUUGAAAGAGAAUCUGGAUCUUGGGCAGUCUCUCCUUCAGAUCAGCAACGUGAAACUCCGAGAUGCGGGGCUUUACCAUUGCCUUAUUGAGUAUGGGGGAGCUGACUACAAGACCAUCAACCUGAAAGUUCAGGCUCCUUACAGAAGUAUAACCCAAGAAGUGAUAAGUACAGGAGACAAAGAGUGGAAGUUAACUUGUCAGUCAAAAGGAUUCCCAAAAGCUGAGGUGAUGUGGCAAAAUGGAGAAUGUCAGGAUUUGACCAAUAAGGCAAAUACAAGUUAUGAAACUGGAAGUGAUCAGUUGUAUCGUGUGACGAGCACUCUCACGAUCAAAAACAGAACUCGUGAAAAUUUUCGUUGCAUCUUCUGGAAUAAAGAAACUCAAGAGAAUACAUCUGCGAAUUUGUACAUUCUAGAUUCAACUGAUGACGUGCUGUGGACUGAGAGCAGACUGAGAGCAUUUGUUUGGCCAAUUCUCAUUGUGAGUGUCCUCGUUGGAUCAGUGUCAAUUACUGUCUGCAUAAGGAAAGCUAAAGCAAAUAAGGACUGUAGGACACGUAUGGCUAAACCAUCAAUUAAUAUAACAAAGCUGUUGAAAGAUAAGGACGUGCAUGACUGCAGAGAUCCUUCUUUUGAAGAUCAGGAGUUGAAAUACAUGCAAAUUGAGAAGACUUAGAGAAAGCAGGGGAAGAUUUUCCAUUGGAGGUGAAGAUUUGGCAGCCCUGAUGUUCUCUGCUCUGUCUGUUCUGAGGGAGAUACUCUUUUUUUGUUUGUUUGUUUUUAUUCUGUUGUUGCAAUAUUAUUCCAUAUUACUGUAAAUUGGGAAAAGCUGCAAUUAUCAUAGCAUAAUAGGCCCCUGAAUUCCAGACUCUGUUUAUACAACUACAUACAACAUAGAGGUUUAUUUAAAUGUCCGUGUUUUUGCUUUCUGAAGUUUUGCACUUUCAAGGACACAUCCUAUUGAAAAUGUAUUGAAGAUAAAGCACUUUAGGUCUAGGACCAUAAACAACUUCACAGCUCAUGCUUGAACAGUCCAUUUUCUGGACGUUUUGCCUGUAGAAGCUCUCAGUUCACUGCAGAGAUUUUGUUUUCUAGCUUGUGAAAAUUUUUUUCAAUAAACAUAGAAGAUAAGAGUGCAACAAGAGAAGAUGCUAUACAUACAGGAUGUUUUCUGUCGUUAUUGUAGACCUUAAAACACAGGCUACCAUCAGCUAUGUUUUAAAUGGAUACUGUAACCCUCUUGAUAACUAUGAGAAAAUUCGUGGAAAUUAUUAGAUAAUGCUCAGCUUAUUCAUCUCUUUCUCUGAAAAGAAGGUUGUUUUGAGGUUUUAAUUUCCCUGUGAUACAGCUGGCACUACUUGAUUGAUAACUGAUUGUUAUUCUUCUUAUUUAAUAUUUGGGGAUAAUACAGCUCUUUGGACCUUCAAGAAGUACACAGUGUGGUUUGGAUUGCCCUUUUGUUCAUCCCAGAAACAGAAGAAGAAGAACCAUCUCACUGCUGGGACAUGAAAUAUAUGUUCUUGUGGUUACUUAAGAAAUGCUGAUGGAACAUACUCCCGGAUGGCAUUUCUUAAUCUACUGUUGUGUUACAUUUUGCAGGUUCAUAGCUCUUUGGUUGGUUUUGUCACAUAGAUUGAAAUUAUUUAUUACAAUGCCAUUCUUAACUGUAUUUUUAAAUAAAAAGUGUUUUGGUUCUUUU